AUGGCCACCGACACUUCGACACCAGCCGUCAUUUCCCCGAUCAAUACGUUGUCCAGCGCGAAAUCAGGACUCACUGUCACCACAUCCUCUGUACCUGUUACCACUUCAGUCGGAUUACAGGUCCCCGGCACCGACGAAACCUCACAGGCCAAUGGAACCUCACAGACAAGUACAUAUACAUCAUCGAGCAUAGACACCGGCGCACGUAGUUCUAAACCGUCAGGCAUGACCGGCGAUGAAGCAACCUCUGUGAGCAUCGUUGGAAUCACAUCUUCGGCAGCUAGUCUGAGCAGCUCGAGUGCGAUAGCUGAUUCAACUUCAACUGCUGCGAGUGCAUUCACUACUGGCAUAUCCGCGACACCGCACCCACAUAGCUCCAUAAGUGUCGGUGGCCUUGCUGGGGCCAUAAUUGGCGCCGCUAUCCUAGCAUCCAUACUAACAUUCCUUAUUACCUUCUGUUGCAUGCGACGUGAUAUUCAUCGAAAAGAGCACACCCAAGCCAAAUCUAGGCGAAGGUCACGGAGAUCAUCACACACGACUGCAGCCGGCGGUGCUGGUGAGAAAGCUCUGGUGUCCGGAACUUCAUGGGAGCGCCACCUGCCGCAAGUCGCCGACGACAGACAAGUCCAUAUGGCCGUGAAGACUAUUUUCGACCAGUUGCAAGCGCACGUGGAAAAUUUCUACGCCCCUAUAGAUUCUCAGAUCCCUCAAGAUGUUGCCGACCACCUCUCGGCUAUUCAGACGCCAUUCCUCCAAGGCUCCGUCACCAGUGUACUAGCAACGUCUAGGUAUCAGCUCACUGUGAUGAAGCAUUGUCUGUCGUAUCUAGUGGCAGCGAAUCUCACGACCGGAGGUGAGGACAGCAUCCUUCCUAAUGCAUAUACAGCUUUGGAGCUGGAUGAGACGCGGACCAAAGAUAACAGCAACCAGGUAGUCGCUCAACGUGAAGCAUACAGCAAGUGGCGCAUACUCACCGCGCACCUGCAUGCGCAAUCAGCCGCAACGACGGAGGAGAUAGCGCAAAAAGAUCAAAGGAUAUCGAUCAUGGUGAAGUCUUUCUCUGACGCCGUUCACUUUUGGCUGCGUAAGUCUGAGGAAAGUGCUGCUGCUCGAGAGCAUCUGACACAGAUUAUCCGACAAGCGGCGCCAGCGGCUGCUAUGAUUUUCGCGCAGCCAUCGGCUUACGCUUAUAGCUGGGCCGUCGUAAUGAGCCGUAUCAAGAACGAACGUGGACUUGUAGUUUCGCCAGCGCUUGAAAAGGUUGCGGAUGGUGAUGGCCAUGCUUUGAGGCAAGCACAGACGAUAGUCGCAGCGAUCACAGAACCGUUGUAA